AUGGCGGAGCCAGCGCCAAUCCUCCAGGCCCAGGACGCCUGGUCGGAGCGCCUGAUCUCCGAGGAGAAAUUCUGUGACGCGGUAGCCGUGCUGGGUCCCGAAGGGGAGCGCUUCCCUUUCGUGCGCGCGCUGCUGGCAAACCUGUCGGAUCCCUUGAACGCGGCCCUGUACGGGAGUUUCCAGGAAGCGAAGAGCAAGGAGCUGGUGCUGAAGGAGGUCACGCCGGAGGCGUUCCGCGUCCUCCUGCGCGCGGCCGUGCACCUGGAUCCCCAGCUGUCCCCGCAGAGCGCUGUGCAUGCGCUGAAGGUCUCGAAGAUGUACCUCAUCGAAGACCUCGAGAAGCACUGCCUGAGAUACCUGAAAUCAUCGAUCCUGCCGGAGCAAGUGCUGGAGGUGCUGACAGCAGCGGCACAGAUAGAGUACAUCCUCCCGUCGGAUGUGCAGAAACAAUACUGGAGUAUGAUCCUGGUGAACAGCGCCAAGAUCGUCGAGGCACCUUCCUUCAUUGCAGCCCACGGCUCCAUCAUCGCGCGGGUGGUCCAGAUGGACGAGUUCGACGUCAAAGAGGAACGUCUUUGGUCCCGGCUGGUGGAGUGGGCAGAGAGGGCCGUUGAGGAGCCGCUGCUCUUGGGCUCCUUCGCCGACGCUAUCGACGCGCCGGCGGCGAAGCGGCCCCGUGGCGAGGACGGCCCGAAGAGCGAGCGCAGCCGGCAGCAGCAAAUGGCGGUGCUUCAGUGUUUGACGAAGCACAUCCGCUUUGCGAGCAUGACCAAAGAGUUCUUCGCAGACCGCGCGAGGCCUUACCUGAAGCGCGAGGAUUGCGAGGCAGUCAUGAUGUACUACCUCCUCGGCCGGCCCCCGCCCCAGCAGCUGACGUCCCGGAGAUCGGGUCUGAGCCCGGUGGAGCAGAUCUAUCCCAUCGAGGUGACUUCCGUGGGAAUGCCAGAGGGCACUGAGCAUUUGGCCGUUGGGCGUGGCACCUGGAAGCUACCAUAUGCCAGCUCGGCGGCGAACCGAACGCUGUCCGUGCAGCUCUUGCAGCCGAUCAACGUGACGAAGGUCACGCUCUCGUUUGGGGAGGGAGCCAUGUGGUCGUGGAAGAUCAAGUUUGCGAAUUCAGAAAUCGCCAAUGCAAUCCAUGGCUCUGGCCGCGUCCGCACCAUGAGCGUGAACUUCACUCAGUGCACGCAGCUGACGAUCCUUCCGAUUUCCGAGAGGGACCGGCUCGCUAUGAACAGCACCGCCUUUCUGGCACCAUCGGGAGAGCACGCGGUGCUGGUCAAAGUCGAGGUGACCGGCAAGAAGUCUCGAGCGGAACAUGCCGCGGAGGUCGUCCAGCGGCUGUCCCAGGACCUCGUGGCGCCAGCACCAAACGAAGUGAGUGGAGAAUUCAAGGAAGGAACCUCAGCUCAGGCUCGGCGCAAGAACCUGGCCGAUGACGACGACUUGGAGGAGUACAGGCUCCGGUACUGCCGAGUUGCCGGUAAUAUCGCCUAUUGGGGUCUAGGACGUCCUGACAGGACGCUUCGCUGGCUGGCAUUGUGGCUCGAGAGUUUCUUGCUGCAGUGCUUCCGGAAGCCUCCCGGCAUGUUCUCCUUCUAUCUCCUUCUUCAGAGGCGGACUUCGGCAUUAGUUUUCCGAGACACGGGGGAGACCAGGUCAAUGGAGGGCGCACCUCCAGUUGCGGACAGUGGCAGUUCCGAGGAGUCUGACGACGAAGAAGAGCUGAUCCCAGCUGACGAGGAGGAGUUGGUCCCAGACAAGGACGCGCUCAUCCUCGGCCUGACGACUCAACUUUCUGAGGCUCAGACCAGAAUCUCGGCACUCAACAGGUGCCUAGCAAGAUGA